CUCCAUAACACCAGCUCGAUCCCACUCCAGCUGAUUUGGGACCAGCUGGCUUCGUCUUCCGCAUCGCAAGAUGGGUGCCGACAGGACACCUACAGUGCUGGCACGACAGGACCGGCGGCUUGCCCUGUUGGUUCCGCGGGACGAGGCUUCUAUGCAGCUGGCGCAGAGCUGCUCUUUGGGCGCCUCCCUCCAGGAGCUUUGCAGCCUGGCUGGGUCGGGCAACACGCAGGAGCUUUGGAAGAACUCUGUGCUUCGGCUGCUAGUCGCACCCCACCAGCGGCCUAUGGCAGCGGCAGCUGCGUUGCGGGCCUUAGCAGCUGCCGGCGCUGAGUUUGGACCCGAGGCCCUCGCUUGGCUCCUGAGCAUCACGGGCGCCCAUGGCCGCGCACGGCUCUGCGAUGCGUCAGAUCGCAACAUUCGCUGGCGAGCCUCCGCCUUGCUGGACGGGUUCCUGCGAGCAGUAGGCUUGACGGAGUUGCCCGCAGAGCUCCGUACGUCUUGCGAGUCGAUCCUGCUGGCCCGAUGCUCGGAUCGCUGGGCGGAGGUGCGGCAAUCCGCCUGCGAAGCCUUGCUGGCCUCGAAGCACCACACCCGGCAGACCUUGGAGGCACUACGCACCAGAGGCCUGACCGACUGCAGCGCCCCGGUGCGCGCCGCCUGCGUGUCCGCGGUAUGUUCCUCUGUGGACAUCGACUCACAUGUCAUCUUAAAUGCAAGCUUGGACGUGGCACCGCGGGUUCGCCGCGCCCUUCUGUCUGCCUGCCCUUUGCAAGGUCGCUCGGAGUUGGUUUUGGAGAAGACCUGGCGCUUGGCUGUGCUGCGUGCACUGGGCGACCGCAGCCGCUCUGUGCGCCUAGCCGCAGCGCGAUGCCUCGCAGCGGAUCUGCUGUCCAGGGCUGUGGUGCUGAACGAUUUGGACGUGGCGGCAGGAUCUGUGCCCCGCAUGGUGGCUGGUCUGGUGACCUUGGUCCGUGGCUCCGAGGAGCUCGAGGACCUUCCAAUUGCGAAGCUUCUUCGAUGUCUGGAUCCGGUGAAAAGCCUUGAGGCCUUGGAGGAAGCAACUCCAGCCCGGGUGCUGUGGGCCCGCCUGGCGCUGUCCCUGGCGGCGGCGUUGCGGGAAGCUCCCUCCGCGGCACGCGUGGUGCCCGAAGUGCAAGAGUGCCUGGGCCUGCUGCAAGAUGCGCAAUCGCUGGAGGACCAGCACUUCAAGCUGUGCCAGUGGCUCCAUUGCGCGCUGGUUUGUGAUAUGCCGGCGGACACUGCUGGACGUCAACGCUUGGCUCAGGCGGCCGCGGCCGCCAUCCAGGUGUUGCCCGUGGAGAUGGUUGCGAACGAGAUGGUGCAAUUCGGCAUUUAUCCGCGCGAGCGCUUGGGCCAUGAACGGGUCUCUUCGCCCUCGAGCAAUAGCUUGGAGUUGGCGAUUCUUCUCCUCCGACGCGUGGCGGCGGAUGGUGCAUCAGGGCAGUCAGCGGGCCAGGCGGCCACGGCGCAGCUUUGGUUUUCCAACCUUGCAGCUGCGAUCUACGAGAACUUAAAGAAGGACUUGGACGCGGCCACCGCUCAGCUCUUGGAUCGCCAAGAGGAAAUGCAGCAGAUGCAGCAGGAGUUGGAAGAGAGACGCUGGGCGGAAGAGGCGAACCGUCUGAAGCUGAUGAAAGCUGCAAGACCCGACGCAAUGGAGAAGGCCCUGCAGGAAGCCUCCAAGGAGGUGGAGGAGUUGCGUUUGCUUCGGCAGUCCAAGUGCCUGCGCAUGGUGCUGCUUUGUGACGCCUGGCUGUGCUACGGCCGGGGCAAGAAGCAGCGCGAGCUACUUCCGGUGCUGCAGUCAGUGCUGCAAGAGGAGCAGUCUGCAGCUGCACAGGUGGGCGCCAUCCAUGCCAUUGCGCUCUAUGCCUCCCAGAGUCAGGAGCAAGCCUUGGCGCAUUGGGACUUCUUCCUGGGGCUUCUCGAGGUGCAGCUGCCUUUGCAGCAAGCUACCUCCAUGCGCCUCGUGGAGCUCUCCGUGCUCUUCAUCUCCGAUGCCAUGCUGCUGCACGGGGCGCCCAAAGAGAAGGCCACCCUUGCGCUGGCGAGGGCUGCCACAGCCUUGGAGGGGCGAGGCCGUGCCUCGCUGCGGGCAGUGCUGUGGGAUCGGCUCUGCUGCCUGGCGGUGUAUGGGGCCCUGGAGGGCCCUGCUGGCGCCUGGCUUUUGGGCAAAGCCUUGGAGGUUUGCUGUCGCCAGCCCGGGAACGAAUCCAACGAGCCGCCGAAGAAGAAGCGGAAGCAAAAAGACGUCAGCGAUGCUUACACCUCGCUCGGGCAGAUUCCUGCGGCACACACUGAUGACUCGGACCCGGAGGAUGGCGACUAUGAUGGAUCCGAUUCGUUGGAGGCAGUGCUCCGAACGCGGCUGCUGCGAUUCUUUGCCACGCUGCCGCUCAUGUCUCGAGCCCAUGCCGCCAUGCUGCUGCAGGCGCUGGGCGCCUUCUUCGGCGCUCGGCUCUACGAUUCGAAGAGCGCGGUGCUGGCGGCCAAGCUGGCGGCGAGGCGGCUGCAGGGCGCCAAGGAGCUGCUCUUAGUCCAGGGCUGUGAGGUCAACGAGCUGCAGCUGCAGGUUCUGCAGAUCAUUUCGGCCGCCUUGCUGUCGGCUGCCUACACCGACGCAAAGCCAUUGCAGGACGCCCUGGGCGCGGCGCUCAUCGCAUGCGGCGCUUUCGACUGGGAGGACUUCUCGCAUCGAGAAGCCAUGCGUGCGCUUCUCAGGGACUGGAAUCCCAACACCUCUGCGAAGUCUGUUGUGGUCUUGCUGCAUCAGCUCCAUAGCCCGGGCCGCGUGUCAGCAGAAUGCGGCCACAGCUUCGCCCAGGAGGCGCUAGAUGCCGCCUCGGAUUUCCGGCACGAUCUUGCAGUGCUGGGUAUCGCGCAGAAUGUAGGCAUUGCGGUCGCUUCAGCACGUGGCGCGGUGCUGAAGCGAAGGAUCGGCUACUGGCAGCCGCCCGCAACGCCGGCUUUGACGCCGGCCCGGACGCCAGCCGUGACGCCGGCCCCGGAGGCCCCGGAGGCUCCGGAGGCUCCGGAGGCUCCGGAUGCGGAGGUGGAGGCGGAGGACACCGUGGAGCGUUGGGAGAUCCUCGACGCUGGAUCCGUUCGCCGCGGCUUGGUGCCGCGGGGUAGCGGCAUCACGCUGGGCCGGCACGCGAGCUGUGAGGUGUGCAUUGCAGCCAGAGCGGUUAGCAGCCGCCACUGUGUGCUUUCUUGCCUUGCUGGUUCUGGGAAGGACUCGCUGCUGCUGCGGGAUCUAUCGGUGAAUGGCACCUACGUCAAUGGCAUCCAUGUGAAGAGUGGUGAGGAACUGGGUCUCAGCCACGGCGAUGUGGUGUCCUUGGCAUCCCUCGACGGCCCCAGCUUCGAGGUCCGCCUUUGCCGGGUCAAGGAGGCACGGCCGCCCGCCACUCCCAUGCGUGCGAAGCCGGAGGCGGUUCCGGAGGUGCUGCCAUCGCCUGCAGUUGGCCAGAAGCGGCCGUCACUUCAGGGCCCCAAGCGACGCCUGCGUCGGAAGACCAAGGACCCCAACUUCCAGGCGCCAAAGGUGGACCAGGCACCUGGAGCCGACGAAGAGGAUGACAAGGUGUCCCGAAAGGUGCCUGGGCAGCCUGUGGACGAGGUGCAGGCCGAGAAGAUUCUGGAGCAGGUGGCGCUGGCGGUUGUGCAUGCGAAGGAGCAAGCUGGCGGCUCGCGGCUGGUGGAUUUGUCCAGCGGUAAGGUUCACUUCUUGCCCGCGCAUGGCAUCCUUUCGGUGGGCCGGCGCGAAGAUUGCGAGGUGGUGAUCCCAAGGUCUGUGGUAAGUGGUCGCCACGUAGUGCUGGUCUGCACAGAGCUGGGGGUGGAACUGGAGGAUGUCAGCUCCAACGGGACCUUUGUGAACGAGACGCAGGUUCCAAAAGGCUUCAGCUUGCCGCAGCGCGUGGGUUUGCGCGACGGGGACCAUAUCUUCCUCGCGCACCGUCAGGGGCCAGCGAUGCUUUUCCUGGAGGGGGAGGCGGAGGACGACGAGGAGUGAGAGGUGUUCGUGCCACCAGAAUUCAUGCAACUCUCGGUUGGCAGCUGGGUCUGCAAGGCUCAUUGCGGGAGCAUGGGCAUCGGG